UAGUCACAGUCGACGUCUGUUUAACAUCACAUCACCAUCACAUGAGAGCAAGUUAGACAUCUUGAUAGUAGACAUCUACACAUAUCACAGGAAAUUUCUAGUUCGCAAGGUUAAGCAAUACAUUAAGGCGAUGAUAAUCCUAUUGUUAAUAUUGGUGCUCGUUUGCUGCUACUGGGCGUAUUGGAGUGUUGAAGCCAGGCGCUUAGACCGGGCCACCGCCACCCUGCCAGGUCCACCGACUCUACCUCUACUGGGAAAUGCUACGCUAUUCAUUGGUAACUCUGAAAAAAUUGUCAAAACUCUCGAUGAAAUAGCGGCAUUGAGCUAUAAACAUAAAGGAGCUGCAAAGCUCUGGCUUGGUCCUAAACUUUACGUAGCUGUAAGUAACGCGGAAGACUCGAAAGUUAUUCUGGAAAAUUGUUUAGACAAAGAUGUCGUUUACCGUUUUCUACGGCCAUGGCUUGGACAUGGACUUUUUGUCGCCCCACUUAAUUUGUGGAAAUCACAUAGAAAAGUACUAUUACCGGUGUUUAAUAAUAAAAUUGUAGAGGAUUAUUUAGAAGUAAUCGGAGAACAAGCAGACAUAUUGGUUGAAAGACUUUCUGAACAAAUUGGCAAGGGAUACUUUGACAUACUACGAUACGUUACCGCCUGUACACUGGACAUCGUAUUUGAGACAGCGAUGGGUGAACGUAUGGAUAUCCAGCACUCCCCGGACACGCCGUAUCUGCGCGCACGACAUACCGUCAUGACGAUUCUUAACAUGCGUUUCUUCAAGGUAUGGCUCCAACCAGACUGCCUCUUCAAUUUGACUUCCUACGCCAAAGAACAGAGCGAGAACAUCGAUCUUACACAUAAGUUUACAGACGAGGUGGUUCGAAAACGACGACUACUAUACGAGCGAAAUAAAUCUAAAGAAAAACAUGAUAAUUCAGACGGCAAGCUCCGUGUAGUAUUGGACAUGUUAUUCGGAAGAGAGAUAGAAUUCACCGAUGAACAGCUACGAGAGCACAUCGAUUCUAUAACAAUUGCUGGCAACGACACCACCGCGCUGGUUACAGCCUAUACCCUCGUUCUGCUUGGUUUACAUCACAAUGUGCAAGAGGAAGUCUAUCAAGAACAACUCUCUAUCUUCGGUACAUCAAGACGAAAUGCUACAAAAGAAGAUGUUCAGGACAUGCACUGCUUGGAGAGAGUAAUAAAGGAAAGCAUGCGUCUGUAUUGUGUCGUGCCUAUCGUAGCUAGAAACAUUGACAGGGAAUUAUAUUUACCUCACUGCGGAGUAACAUUGCCAGCUGGGACAAGCGCGGUAGUUGGAUCGUUUGCGGUCCACCGCUCAAAAGUUGAAUGGGGUCCGAAUGCUGAUGAAUUUGAUCCCGACAGGUUCUUGCCUGAAAGAUCUGUUGGUCGACAUCCUGCUGCUUUCUUACCAUUUAGUUAUGGACCCAGAAAUUGCAUCGGUCGAAAUUUUGGUAUGAUCAUAGCGAAGAGCAUAAUCUCCAGCAUUAUUAGAUCAUACAAAAUGGAUGCUCAAGAUAUUGGACCAUUGAAAAUGGAACUUCUACUGUUUCCUAUUAAGGGACAUCAAGUUCGCCUUACGAAAAGAUAACAUGCUUAUAUAGUCAGAAUACCUGAUUGUAGAUUAUCACCUUCUCAUUAACUAAGUCUGUGCUGCUGAAUUGGCUUAAAAUCAUGUUUUUAUAUGAAUAUUUCGGAUAUGCGAACUUAAAAUAUGUCCGAUGAUUAAUGAAUUGCAAACCGUUUAGACUAAUAUAUUUAUUGUAAUUUAAU